AUGGCCUACCGCUCCUGCGUCGUCGGCUUCAGCAGCCUCAGUGGCUGUGAGGUGACCCCAGCGGGCAGCCCCCAGCCUAGGACCUCAGGAUGGGGCAGCUGUGGGCUCCCUGGGCCUGGCUUCAGCUCUCGAAGCCUCACAAGUUGUAGGCCAGCUGGCAUCAUCCCCAAGGUGACUGUGAACUCCAGCCUGCUGGUGCCUCUGGACCUCAAGGUGGACCCAGCUGUCCAGCAGCAGAAGAACCAGGAGAAGGAGGAGAUGAAGGUCCUCAAUGACAAAUUUGCCUCUCUGAUUGGCAAGGUACAAGCUCUGGAGCAACGCAACCAGCUGUUGGAGACCCGCUGGAGCUUCCUACAGGGCCAGGGAUCAGCUACCUUCGACCUCAGCCAUCACUACGAGACAUUUCAGGGCCGUCUGCAAGAGGAGCUGCGCAAAGUGAGCCAGGAGCGGGGACAGCUGGAGGCCAACCUGCUGCAGGUGCUGGAGAAAGUGGAGGAGUUUCGCAUCAGGUACGAGGACGAGAUCUCCAAGCGCACAGACCUCGAGUUCACCUUCGUCCAGCUGAAGAAGGACCUGGAUGCCGAGUGUCUUCGACGAACUGAACUGGAAACCAAGCUGAAAGGCCUGCAGAGCUUCGUAGAGCUGAUGAGAACUGUCUAUGAGCAGGAACUGAAAGACCUUACUGCCCAAGUGAAGGAUGUGUCGGUGACCGUGGGCCUGGACAGCCGCUGCCACAUUGACCUGAGUGGCAUCGUGGAGGAGGUGAAGGCCCAGUAUGACGUCAUCGCUGCUCGAAGCCUGGAGGAGGCUGAAGCCUAUUCACGGAGCCAGCUGGAGGAGCGAGCUGCCCGCUCAGCAGAGUUCGGGAGCUGCCUCCAGAGCAGCCGCUGUGAGAUCGCAGACCUCAACGUGCGCAUCCAGAAACUUAGGUCUCAGAUCCUCUCCAUCAAGAGCCAUUGUCUGAAGCUGGAGGAAAACAUCAAGGUGGCCGAGGAGCUGGGCGAGCUGGCCUUCCAGGAUGCCAAGGACAAGCUGGCCCAGCUGGAGGCCGCCCUGCAGCAGGCCAAGCAGGACAUGGCGCGGCAGCUGCGCGAGUACCAGGAGCUCAUGAACACCAAGCUGGCGCUGGACAUCGAGAUCGCCACCUACCACAAGCUGGUGGAAGGAGAAGAAAGCCGGAUGGACCUGCCUUCUGCCAUGGUGGUCAGCUCAGUACAAUCCCGACGCAGGACCACUGCCGCCUCCAAGUCUGGCCUCUCCAAGACGCCCUCCCGGAAGAAGAAGAACCGCAGAGGUCCCGUGAUCAAAAUCACCGAAAUGUCAGAGAAGUACCACUCCCAGGAGUCGGAGGCUUCAGAGUAAGACAGCGGCCCCAGGAGCCUCUUCCACGGCUGCCGGAGGGACUUAAGCUAAACUUGGGAAAGUCGCCUGGAGUCUCCAGGUUGGGAGUGGAGAUGCUGAACUGAGGUGGGUUCCAGCUGAGGCUUCGUUUCUCCGGAUGGUCAGUGAAGGCAAAGGGGCAUCGCCAGCUCCGUUCCACAUCAGCGUCUCACUCACCACUUCCAACCUCCUGGUCACAGGCUGUCCUGGCUGGUGAAGGGGAACUUGGGAUCAGUCACCUCCUUGAUCCUCUGAAAUUCCUCCUCCUACACAGCUCUGACAAGGUGCUUGCCUCUUGCCCACCGCUUGCCCUGACCUUCUGCCUCAGCCUUGCCUCGCGGCUGCCUCUGACCCAAGGCCGCCGUCCUCCCCCACUAGCCAGGCCGCAGCCUGGGCUGAAGGAUGCACUGGAUUUUGUCCCAUACAUGGAGUGCCUGGAGACUAGGGGCUGAGGACUCCUGAUUUUCCUGCCCUUCGGCUCCCCAGACAUCUGACAGUAUUGGGGGACAAGGGAAGGAAAGGCCCAGUGUGUUAGACAGAAGCCUAAGUCUCGGAGAAGCCCAGAUAUCUGCACUCACCCUCUCUGGGGACUAAGAUGUCAGCCAUAAGUAGGUUCCAAAGCUACUCUAGCCAUAACCAACACCCUAGGAGCAGAAGCCAGAGAGGACACCCUGACACCAGGCCUUGCCUUCACCUCCCUGCCAUUCUGGCUUGUGCCAACAUCCUGCAGUCUGGGCUCUGCCUCCAGCCCAGGUCUCUCCAACCUUAACCCUUACCUUUUGUUCCUAGGACCUCUGUUCUAUCCCCAGGGCCAAUGAUCUGGCACAUUCCACCCAGUGGGCCAACUCUGCCUAGUUUCCUCCCCGCCACCCCUGUCCCUUCUUCCAAGCUCACUCCCCCUGCCUCUGGUUGGCCAUAGGGAAGGCUAAACCUGGGGAGAUCUAGAAGGUUCCUAGCCCUGAAUUGGUCCAGGAAACCCCAAUAAGGGCGUUCAAAGGACUCAACCCAAGAAAGCCAUUCUGCACCCACAAGGAUACCCACAAGGACUUGGCCAGAGAUUCCCAUGUCCUACCCUUGGCUCUCAGCUCUGGGACUUGCAGGGCACAGCAAUGCCAGCCUCCUUCUCUCCUCCCUUUCUUCCUGUCACACCCAUGUCCCGGCCCGUGCCUCACCUUCUCUCCUGGCUGUCUCCCAUCCCUUCACCUCAUUCUCCAAGACAAAGUGUUCAGCAAGGCCCCUGGCCCUCCAAGCCUGCAGGGGAUGCUGAUGGGUUAGCAGCUCUGCCAGGCCAAGGGACCCAGUGAUAUACUCAACCCUGAGCCCUAAAGCGGAUGCUCACUGCUGCUUUCUCUCAGGCUACUUAUCAGUUUCCAAGGGAGCAAACCCUCAGUGGGGACAUGAAAUACAGAAAGUAUAUAUUAUUUUUUCAUAACUUAUGUGGCUUUUAACUUAUUUCCUCCCUUCCUGUUUCUGCAUGAUCAGCGCUGUGUGUAC